AUGAAGGACUCUGUAGAGAAGAACGGAGGGGAUCCUGUACAAGCAGUGAAGCAGUUGUUAAGGACAGUAGUCCGUAUGUUUUACGAGACGGAGCACAUCGUCAUCAUGGACGCCCUCUGCUAUCACGGCGCACUUCCCGUGGCCGAUAUGACCAUCAUUCUCGAUGCAGGCAAGAACUCGAAACAUGUUAGUAAGGUUGCGGGUAAGCUUAGGGAGGCCGGGCUGUGUUCUUCGUAUACUCAGCAUGUCCUGCGCCAGGGUGCAAACAAGGCAUCAAGCAGAGAAUUCUUCUACAUCGACUGGCGCCGCGCCGUCGACUCGGUCAAGUACAAGAUUCAUAAGAUUGACGAGGGCAUCAAAAGGGACGCGAAACCCACGACCGAAAAACCCGAAUUCAAAUGCUUGCGAUGCAAGUCCACGUACACCACCAUGCAAGCGCUUGACCAUCCCGAUGACAAUCCUGGGCCAGAUGACAGUGGUUUCAUUUGCGCCAGAUGCGGCUUUCGACUGGAUGAAAUCGACCAGGACGUUCAAGCAGACGACGUCGACGACACUCCAGCCAAGUUCAACAAGCUGUUCGGACCGCUAAUCGAGAUGAUGUCGAAAAUCCAGGACAUGGGUAAUCUUCCCAAUCUGGAACCGCCAGACAUCAUCAGCGAGAGAAUCGAGCUUCCUCGCGAUAGGAAUGUGGACCCUGGCACGCAGGUCGAGGUCAUCGAAACUGUCUCACGCCCGACUGCCGUCAAGGGUAUCGAUACGGGCCCGGAGAAGAUCAACGUUCAGAUCGGUUCGAGCGCGGAGGAGAACGAGAAACAACGAGCGGCAGACAGGGCGCGCCAGGAAAAGAUGUCUUUGCAGAAUCAGCUUCCUUCUUGGCAUACCAAGUCAACCGUUAUCAAAGACGCAGCAGGAAACACGACAAGUGUGAAGCGAGAAGCAGAUGGAGUAGACACUCCCAGUAUCAAAACCGAGCCAGGAGAUAGCGUGGCCACUAAUCAGAACCUCGAUGCUGUCUUUGCCCAGAUCGAGGCCGAGCGCCGCAGGAAGGAGCAGGAAGAGGACGAUGACGAGGAGGACGAGGAUGAGGAUGAGUUUGAAGAUGUUGACGUGGGCACUCCCAGCGCUCUCCCGGAUGCAAAACGUGUCAAGCUGGAAUCGUCCGCUGCCCCUACGCCUUCGGCUGCUGCAACACCAGCUGCAGCAACUCCAGCCGCGUCGAAUGGUGGUGAUGAGAGCGAAGAGGAUGAAUUUGAAGAUGUAAACUGA